AUGGAGGAGACAGUGGUGAGGCCCUCGGUGUUCGUGGUGGAUGGACAGACGGACAUCCCUUUCACAAGGCUGGGGCACAGCCACAGGAGACAGCCCUGCAGUGCAGCCCGGCUGGGCCUGGGCCUCCUGCUGCUGCUGUUGGUGACUGGAGUGGCUGUCCAGGGCUGGUUCCUGCUGCAGCUACACUGGCGCCUGGAGGUGAUGGCCGCCCCCCUGCAGGACAGAGGUGCAGGAUCCUGGGAUCAGCUGGUGCAAGAUCAGAGGCCCCAGCGGGCCAACCCGGCAGCACACCUCACAGGGGCCAACUCCAGCCUGACAGGCAGUGGGGGCCCACUGCUGUGGGAGACGAAACUGGGCCUGGCCUUCUUGAGGGGCCUCACCUACCAGGAUGGUGCCCUGGUCAUCGCCCAGACCGGCUACUAUUACAUCUACUCCAAGGUGCAGCUGGGCGGUGUGGGCUGCCCCCAGGGGCUGAUCGGCGGCCUGCCCAUCACUCACGGCCUCUACAAGCGCACGGCCCGCUACCCCGAGGAGCUGGAGCUGCUGGUCAGCCGGCGGUCACCCUGCGGGCGAGCAAGCAGCCCCCAGGUCUGGUGGGACAGCAGCUUCCUGGGCGGAGUGGUCCACCUGGAUGCCGGGGAGGAGGUGGUGGUGCGCGUGCCUGAUGGGAGCCUGGUCCGAGUCCGUGAUGGUACGCGUUCCUACUUCGGGGCGUUCAUGGUGUGA